CACCUAUCAAUCAAUUAUCUUUAUCCUCUCCUCGAGAGUUUUCUCUUAACUCUUCCUCCUACAAUUCCCUUUUUUUUGUUUUAUUUUUUUUCCUCGGAGCUUUUCACUUACACGGUACAUCCUCCCCCUCUCUCCUCUCCAUUGAAGCGCAUACUCUAAUUUCUCCAUUGAAGCGGCUUCUGAGCACUCUCUCCUCCAUUGAAGCGGCUCCUGAGAAUUAGGACAUUGCUGCUGGCAUAAUUCCCCAAGGAUUUGAGAUGAGGCUAUUGACACACAACAUGCUAUCCUCAAAUAUUAAAGGGGUAACAGACGGGUUCCCUUUAAAGAUAGAGGCGGGGAAGGUGGUGGAGAAAGAGGUCGAUAUGAAUACGGAUUUCCUCAAGAACAUCUUCACCAAGAUCGAGUGGAAGCCCUUUGUUGAAGCUGCCAAGACAUUGGGAUAUUCUGAACUGCCUGAAGAUGUUGACCCUUCUCUACUUGACUCUCAAGAUUUUCUCACCAAGUUCCACCAUGCGCUCCUUGAGAUUCACCUUGAAGAAGGCGCUCUGGUUUGCCCUGAAACUGGCCGCAAGUUCCCUGUUAGUAAAGGUAUCCCUAACAUGCUUCUUCAUGAGGAUGAAGUCUGAUUUUUUUAGGAUUUUAUUGACUUGUUUGUUAGUCGUUUGCUGAUACUUGAAUGGUUUGUAGAAGAGAAUGAUAAGCUCAGAACUUGUUCUGUUUUUAUUUAUUGAGAUGAAUUGUCAUAAUGAAGUUUUAGAUUUUACUGGAAAUCUUAUGCAAGUUUUUUGGUCUA